AGUAUCCUAGUAACCACAUUAUAUAUAUUUAUAGUUAAGAAGAUAGUUCUGUACUUGUAAAAAUAUAACAUUUAAAAUAGCACAACAUAUUGAUAAUAUCUUACACAGUUAUGAAUAAUAUUGUUACUUAAUUAUCUAAAAGUUAAUAUAUUAAACCUCGUGAAAGUAGUUGUAUUAUUUAAGUAGUUAUAUUCGUAUUUAUUAUUAAUCUUUUUUAGUUAUAAUUGUGUAGUUGUGUUUAAUAAUGAAAUCAAUAAAAUCAAAAACAAAGCGAAUUGUUCCACCCUUUAGUUCUCAAUCACGACAACCAAACACAAUUGUAGCUGGUCCUCCUCGGACACGUUCAUGUCAAACACCAAUUGGAAAUACUGCAUUUCGCCGUUAUUAUGAUAGAGGUGACUUUAUGCUGUCUGUCGAUAGCGGGCGAGUUAUGUGGAAAACAUCGUUUGAAAAUAUAGAUUAUCACCACUAUUUACCAAUUUUUUUUGAUGGUUUACGUGAAGUUGCAUACCCAUACCGUGCAGUAGCUGAGCGUGGAGCUACAGAUAUGCUAAAAAAUGGUACACCAGAUCGUAUACUACCUGUUGUGCCCCAAUUGAUUAUUCCAAUAAAAUUAGCACUUAACACUGGUCAUCCAGAUGUAGUUAUAGCAACAUUGAAAAUGGUUCAAACCUUAGUAACAUCGGCUGAUAUGGUAGGAGAAGCUCUAGUGCCCUAUUAUAGACAAAUAUUACCACCCCUUAAUGUAUACAAGAAUCUUAAUAAAAAUACAGGCGAUGGCAUCGAUUAUGCUCAAUAUCAACAAGAAGAUGUUGGGGACUUGGUAAAUAAUACUUUAGAAAUUCUUGAAAGACACGGAGGAGCUCAUGCUUUUAUUAAUAUUAAAUACAUGAUUCCAACUUAUGAGUCAAGUGUGGCAAACUAAUAUAUUACAUAAUUUAAAUAUAGACCCUAAAUAUUUUAAUUUCACAAAUUGAUUUAUUAUUUCCUUAAAAGUAUAUUUUAGAAAUCUAAGUAUAUAUUAGAUCAUUGUUAAAUAGUUUAGAUGAAUAUUUUGAG